GUGGGCCCCGAGGUCGCGUCUUGCCCAGGUCUCCGAGGUCCCCCAGCGCUCGCUCGCGCGGUCCUGCCACGGCCUUCCCGCUGCCCGCGCCAUGGGCCUCAGCUCCGACUCCGGUGUGCGAGUUGAGUGGAUCGCGGCCGUUACCUUUGCUGCUGGCACAGCCGCUCUGGGUUACCUGGCGUACAAAAAGUUCUACGCGAAAGAGAAUCGCACCAAAGCUAUGGUGAAUCUGCAGAUCCAGAAAGACAACCCGAAGGUGGUGCAUGCCUUCGACAUGGAGGAUCUGGGGGAUAAGGCCGUGUACUGCCGAUGCUGGAGGUCUAAAAAGUUCCCGUUCUGUGAUGGGGCUCACAUAAAGCACAACGAAGAGACUGGCGACAACGUGGGACCUCUGAUCAUCAAGAAGAAAGAAACUUAAUGGACAGUUGCGAGGCUGCACCCCAGCGUGUUGUGAUGUCACCCGAUCAUUUAAUUAGAAUGGCACCCAACCCACCGUCCGAUUGGCCUCCCCGGGUUCUAGAUGUGGUUGGUACUUGCAAAUCGCAGCUUACAUUUUCAUGGCAUCGGCCUUGCUAUCGAAACAUUUUGGUGCACAUUUGUUGAAAGAAGAAGAAGAAAAAGAAAGGCUAAACCAACCUCAUGCUAUAUGGGUUAUUUUGGUCUUGUAAGGAUCCGUUCCUUUAAAAUAAUGGUCUUAGAAUAUAGUUGUAUCUUGAGGUUAAAGUAUUAAAUUAUUCCAAAAUCAUGUACAUGUACACUGUACUUGUCCGUUUAAGGGGAAAUCUUUUCUUAUUCGUUAACUUGGAAAGUAAUGGGGUGUGAUGAAGUUGCAUUGAUUUCUUACACCGGAGGAGAACCCUGCCGUGAGCCUGCCUCUCCUUCUGGUUGAGGUCAUGGCAUGGAUUCAGCCUGUGUGCUUUCAUGUGUUCAGUCAGAGUUAACCGAAUAUUGUUCUUAAACUCCUCGCCCGGGUCACCAAUAAAGGGGCAACAACUUC